AUGGACGAUUCUCAAUCACAAGAUAAGGCUUGUUGGACUAGAGAGAUGUUGCAUGCUUUUUGUGAUAUAUGUAUUAAAGCAAUUGAGCAAGGAGUAGGAUGGAGUACUGAACUUGGAACAAUUUCAGCACUUAAUGAAUGGUGGAAAACUAAAAGUCAGGAGAUACGUGGAGCAAAAAAGUUUAGGCAUGCUGGCAUCGAUCCAACAUUGUGUUGUAAAUAUGAUAUCAUGUUUACAAACACUAUUGCUAUCGGUCAAUAUGCGUGGGCUCCAUCACAGGGUCUGAAUUCUGAUGAAGAUGGUGUAGGUCAAAGGCAAACUAUCGCAGUUAAUGAGGACCCUCAUCUUGAGGAAGGUAGUGGAGAUUCUGAAGAGGAUAGUGUACUAAAUUUUAUUGUCAAUAUCAAUAAUAUGGUUGCUGGAGUCACUUUUACCAAUAGCACAAGCAAUCCCACUAGUAGUAGUGGGAAGAGAAAAG